AUGGCACUCAGGAGUUUUCUGCGGCUCUCGGAUCCCAACGACACCCUUGACACACGAAACCCCAUCAUCCGGCACAGGAUAAUAUGGACGCCUGGUCACAUGGGGCUGGAGGGGAACCAGGAGGCAGACAGGGUGGCUCGAGGUACACAACAGACCGAGCACCUCAUGACCUGGCCUCCGAGGAGCCUAUCCCGGUCCCGUGUGGUGUUGGUGGUCUCCGACCGGGGUGACAACAGGCUGAUUGCGGACGUCUUGAGUGCGCAGGCGCGCGACCAUAACGUCACGGUGCAGCACACGUACUACGUGCCGAACGACUACAGGGACGACGCUAAUGGAACCAUACGACGCAUCAUCCGCGAUUCGCAUACUGUCACAAGAGUGUACGUGCUCCUGGCAGAGACUGGUGUGCUCGUAGAUUUCGUGCGCCUCAUGCAUCAGGCGGGACUGCUGGAAGGCGGGGAGUACGUCAUCGUGUCUGUUGAGGAAGAAGACACCUACGACCGGCGAAACAAGUAUCAGUACAUGAAGAAAGACUGGGAGGACUCGUCCAUCGUGCGGCCUUUCCCGUUCCGAGCCGUGCUUCUGCUUUCGCCGCGCGUUCCCUCCGACGAGCACUAUGGCCGUUUCUCGGAGGCAGUGCUCAGCUAUGCCGGCACCCAGCCCCUCUGCAUACCUAUGCACACCGAGCUCAAGUUUAAGGUCCCGAUAUACGCCGGCCUCACGUACGACGCCGUGAUGCUGUGGGCCCGGGCCGCAACACAAGUGCUACGUGAGAACGGAUCGCUCACGAACGGCACUGCUAUUGGGCUCAGAUCCGAGGCAGCCUCUACCGAAGUAAGGGCAACUGAAGCACGUGGAGAUGAAUCAUUGGAUCAUGUUUACACGCGAAGCGCACUCGGCUUCGACAUCCGCGUCGACGAAAACGGCGACGCUGAGGGCAACUACACGGUGCUCGGUUUUUCUCUGCCGGAAGAUGACCACCUGACGCCUGUGGGAAGGUUCACGCUGGCCGAGAACGCCAGCUCUCUGCCUGAGGGCGAGUGA